AUGAACUUGGAGCGGCUGAGGAAGCGAGUGCGGCAGUACAUCGACCAGCAGCAAUAUCAAAGUGCCCUGUUUUGGGCAGACAAAGUAGCUUCACUGUCUCAUGAGGAACCACAAGAUAUCUACUGGUUGGCCCAAUGUCUUUACCUAACAGCUCAGUAUCACAGGGCAGCACAUGCCCUUCGAUCACGUAAGUUGGACAAGUUAUAUGAAGCAUGUCGCUACCUUGCAGCUAGAUGUCAUUAUGCUGCAAAAGAGCAUCAGCAGGCCCUGGAUAUUCUUGAUAUGGAAGAGCCAAUCAACAAAAGACUUUUUGAAAAAUACUUGAAAGAUGAAAGUGGAUUGAAAGACUCUGCCACAGACUGGGAGAUGUCGCAGUCAUCUAUCAAGAGCUCUAUAUGCCUUUUGCGAGGGAAGAUCUAUGAUGCUUUGGAUAAUAGAACCCUAGCAACAUACAGCUACAAAGAGGCCUUGAAGCUUGAUGUUUACUGCUUUGAAGCAUUUGAUCUUUUAACAUCGCACCAUAUGCUGACAGCACAAGAAGAAAAAGAACUUCUUGAAUCUCUACCUCUUAGCAGACAAUGUACAGAAGAAGAACAAGAGUUGCUUCACUUUUUAUUUGAGAAUAAAUUGAAAAAGUAUAAUAAACCCAGUGAAACAUUGAUUCCUGAAUCAGUAGAUGGUCUUCAGGAAAAUCUGGAUGUGGUAGUAUCCUUAGCUGAAAGACACUAUUACAACUGUGAUUUCAAAAUGUGUUACAAGCUUACUUCAGUAGUGAUGGAAAAAGAUCCUUUCCAUGCAAAUUGUUUACCUGUGCAUAUAGGAACGCUUGUGGAGCUUAAUAAAGCAAAUGAGCUUUUCUAUCUUUCUCACAAACUGGUGGACUUGUACCCAAAUAAUCCUGUGUCAUGGUUUGCAGUAGGCUGCUAUUAUCUCAUGGUUGGCCACAAAAAUGAACAUGCCAGAAGAUAUCUCAGCAAAGCUACUACGCUGGAGAGAACCUAUGGACCUGCAUGGAUAGCAUAUGGACAUUCAUUUGCAGUUGAGAGUGAGCAUGACCAAGCAAUGGCUGCGUACUUCACAGCUGCACAGCUCAUGAAAGGGUGUCAUUUGCCGAUGCUCUAUAUUGGACUGGAAUAUGGUUUGACCAACAACUCAAAGUUAGCUGAGAGGUUUUUCAGCCAGGCUUUAAGCAUUGCUCCUGAAGAUCCUUUUGUCAUGCAUGAAGUUGGAGUGGUUGCAUUUCAAAAUGGAGACUGGAAAACUGCAGAAAAGUGGUUUCUGGAUGCACUGGAAAAGAUCAAAGCUAUUGGCAAUGAGGUAACAGUUGAUAAGUGGGAGCCUUUACUGAAUAACUUAGGACAUGUCUGCAGAAAACUCAAGAAAUAUGAAGAAGCACUGGAGUAUCACCGCCAGGCUCUUGUACUUAUUCCUCAAAAUGCUUCUACUUACUCUGCCAUUGGUUACAUACACAGUCUCAUGGGCAGUUUUGAAAGUGCCAUCGACUAUUUUCAUACGGCCCUUGGUCUUCGGAGGGAUGACACGUUUUCAGUCACAAUGCUUGGACACUGCAUAGAAAUGUAUAUUGGUGAUUCUGAGGCCUACGUUGGAACAGAGAUCAAAGACAAGUUAAGAUGUUAUGACUUUGAUGUACACACAAUGAAGACGUUAAAGAACAUAAUUUCACCACCCUGGGAUUUCAGAGAAUUCGACAUAGAAAGACAAAGUGUGGAUGAAAGUGGCAUAGUAACAUUAGAGACGUCGCAUCAAAGGAAAAGUACAGAUACCAGUCGCCCAUUGGAAGAAACGUUCGAGAUUGAAAUGAAUGAAAGUGAUAUGAUGUUAGAAACAGCAAUGUCAGACCACAGUACGUGACCAUAAGUGCUUUUGGAGAGCUCAUUUUGUC